UGGGGGCCUAGACCCUGGGCAUCCAGGGGACUGUGCCGGGUGGAGCAGAGGGCACAGGACAGGAGCUCCCGAGUUGACUGACUAACAGCUUUAGGUGGGACCACAAGAUAUUCCCAACUCAGGGAUACUCAGCUGUCACUCACUCACUGUCCACAAUGAUAUUCCUCACGACACUGCCUCUGUUUUGGAUCAUGAUUUCAGCCUCUCGAGGGGGACACUGGGGUGCCUGGAUGCCCUCGUCCAUCUCAGCCUUCGAGGGGACGUGUGUGUCAAUCCCCUGCCGCUUUGAUUUCCCGGAUGAGCUGCGGCCGGCCGUGGUGCACGGCGUCUGGUACUUCAACAGCCCCUACCCCAAGAACUACCCCCCGGUGGUCUUCAAGUCACGCACCCAAGUUGUCCACGAGAGUUUCCAGGGUCGCAGCCGCCUCCUGGGGGACCUGGGCCUGCGGAACUGCACCCUCCUGCUCAGCAACCUCAGCCCCGAGCUGGGCGGCAAGUACUACUUCCGCGGGGACCUGGGGGGUUACAACCAGUACACCUUCUCGGAGCACAGCGUCCUGGACAUCAUCAACACCCCCAACAUCGUGGUGCCGGUCGAGGUGGUGGCAGGCACGGAAGUGGAGGUCAGCUGCAUGGUCCCUGACAACUGCCCUGAGCUGCGGCCGGAACUGAGCUGGCUGGGCCACGACGGGCUGGGGGAGCCCACGGUGCUGGGAAGGCUGCGCGAGGACGAGGGCACCUGGGUGCAGGUGUCCCUUCUUCACUUCGUGCCCACCAGAGAGGCCAAUGGCCACCGGCUGGGCUGCCAGGCCUCCUUCCUCAAUGCCACCCUGCAAUUCGAGGGCUACGCCAGCCUGGAUGUCAAGUAUCCCCCCAUCAUCGUGGAGAUGAACUCCUCUGUGGAGGCCAUCGAGGGCUCCCAGGUCAGCCUGCUGUGUGGGGCCGACAGCAACCCGCUGGCCCUGCUGACCUGGAUGCGGGACGGCACCGUACUCCGGGAGGCCGUGACCGACAGCCUGAUCCUGGUGCUGGACGAGGUGACCCCUGGGGAGGACGGUGUGUACGCCUGCCUGGCAGAGAACGCCUAUGGCCAGGACAACCGCACCGUGGACCUAAACGUCAUGUAUGCCCCCUGGAAGCCCACAGUGAACGGGACAGUGGUGGCCGUGGAGGGGGAGACGGUCUCCAUUCUGUGCUCCACGCAGAGCAACCCGGACCCUAUUCUCACCAUCUUCAAGGAGAAGCAGAUCCUGGCCACGAUCAUCUACGAGAGCGAGCUGCAGCUGGAGCUGCCUGCCGUCACACCCGAGGAUGAUGGGGAGUACUGGUGUGUGGCCGAGAACCAGUACGGCCAGAGAGCCACCGCCUUCAACCUGUCAGUGGAGUUUGCCCCCGUGAUCCUCCUGGAGUCUCACUGCGCUUCGGCCCGGGACACAGUGCAGUGCCUGUGCGUGGUGAAAGCCAACCCCGAGCCGUCGGUGGCCUUCGAGCUGCCCUCGCGCAACGUGACGGUGAACGAGACGGAGCGCGAGUUCGUGUACUCGGAGCGCAGCGGCCUCCUGCUCACCAGUGUCCUCACGCUGCGGGGACAGGCGCAGGCCCCGCCCCGGGUCAUCUGCACCUCCCGCAACCUCUACGGCAGCAAGAGCCUGGAGCUGCCCUUCCAGGGAGCCCACCGCCUGAUGUGGGCCAAGAUCGGACCAGUGGGAGCUGUGGUCGCUUUUGCCAUCAUCAUUGCCAUUGUCUGCUACAUCACCCAGACGCGCCGAAAAAAGAACGUGACAGAGAGCCCCAGCUUCUCGGCGGGGGACAACCCCCCCGUCCUGUUCAGCACUGACUACCGCAUCUCUGGGGCGCCGGAGAAGUAUGAGAGCGAGAGGCGCCUUGGAUCUGAAAGGAGGCUGCUGGGCAUUCGGGGGGAGCCCCCAGAGCUCGACCUGAGCUUCUCUCACUCGGACCUGGGGAAACGGCCCACCAAGGACAGCUGCACCCUGACGGAGGAGCUGGCGGAGUACGCGGAGAUCCGCGUCAAGUGAGGGCACUGGGGCCGCCCGCACGGCCGCCCCCCUCAGGACCCUCACUGGCCCCCUCUGGCUGCAGGCUUCCCGCUUCCCAACAGUCGCAGGGCCGCCAAAGGACUGGGGUUGGGGUCUGGGGGCCUGGCCCCGCUCCCUCCAGGUGCCCCGCCCUGCACC